AUGGCCUCAUCGUCAAAAUCUCACGCGGUACUCUCAUUUCCCAUUGUUAUUCUCAUCCUUUUAUCAACCCCACUUGCAUUUGCUCAAUGUGAAGCAGAAUCAAUGCAUGGAUGCCAUGACAAAGCAGAAGCUACCAAACUAAAACUCAUUGCAAUUGGUUCAAUUCUAGUCGCUAGUAUGAUAGGUGUGUGCUCACCAUUGCUUUCUCGUGUAGUGCCAGCAAUUAGACCCGAAAGGAACCUAUUCAUGGUGGUAAAGGCAUUUGCUUCUGGUGUUAUUCUAGCAACAGGGUACAUGCACGUAUUACCGGACUCUUUUAACGACUUGAUGUCCGAUUGUUUGCCUGAAAACCCAUGGAAGAAGUUCCCUUUCACGACUUUCGUGGCAAUGCUGUCGGCUUUAUUGACCCUUAUGGUGGAUUCGUUUGCCAUGAGUAUGUACAAGAAACGUUCUGCUAAAGCUCUUGUGGCUGAUAAUGGUGGGAUGUUGGAAAACGGGAACGGCCAAGUGGAGAAUUUCGGACAUGGACAUGGACAUGGCCAUGCACUAGGUAACGUUGUCGAGGACGACAAAGAAGCACAAUUGUUAAGGCAUCGUGUAAUUGCUCAGGUGCUAGAGUUGGGAAUUGUAGUUCAUUCAGUGGUAAUAGGUCUUGCCAUUGGAGCCUCUGAUAAUCCAUGCACCAUAAGACCACUAAUUGCUGCCAUUUGCUUCCAUCAAAUGUUUGAGGGAAUGGGACUUGGAGGAUGCAUACUCCAGGCUGAAUAUCGGGACAGGGCAAAAUUUGUAAUGGCAUUCUUCUUUGCAACCACAACUCCAUUUGGAAUUGUUCUAGGAAUUGGUUUGUCAAGUGUAUACAGUGAGACCAGCCCGACAGCACUCAUUGUGGUAGGAUUACUAAAUGCUUGCUCAGCAGGGUUGCUGAAUUAUAUGGCUAUGGUAGAUCUCUUGGCUGCUGAGUUUAUGGGGCUUAAGCUUCAAGCAAAUAUGAAGCUCCAGGCUUGGGCAUAUAUUGCAGUGUUACUGGGUGCUGGAAUUAUGGCAUUGAUGGCAAAAUGGGCUUAG